AUGAUUGUCAGCAUUGUCUCCGCAAUGAUGAGAUACUGUGUUAUGGCCCAACUUCAUUUGGCUGAGAGCGAGCCGCAGGUGCCGAAUCCCACGUUUUCCUUAGAGAUCCAAACCCGCCGUCGAGUAUUUUGGUCUGCUUAUGCUUUGGAUCGAUUUAUCAGUUGGAUUUACCACAUUCCUAACAACAUCAUUGAUGAACACAUCAGCGUGGAGGUAAUUCAUUUCUCAAUCACCCAACACUAA